CAAAAAUCUAAGUGUACCGUGCGUAGUAUUUAUAUUGUUCCAACUAAUUAUUCAAUUGAUUUCCUCCUCAUAAUUGUUCCUUCUAGUUUGCUACAGGUAGGGUGGGUGUACUGCCCAAUUUGGUAAAAAGUUUUGGCUAUGGCAAAGAGGGGGCCUAACCAUUUCUGCUUCCUGAUAAUACUGGGUUGCCAUUUUUUGGGUAGUGGUUCAAAUGCUGAAAAAAGGAGUUAUCACUCGUCUGCUUCUAAUCUGACCAGGAGCAGUUUUCCGGCUGGUUUCGUGUUUGGAGCCGGAUCGGCUUCGUACCAGGUUGAAGGAGCAGUAUGUGAAGACGGCAGGGCACCCAGCAUUUGGGACAUAUUCACUCACAUUGAUCCAGAGAAAAUAGCGGACCACAGUACAGGGGAUGUAGCAGAUGAAUUUUACCAUCACUACAAGGAUGACAUAUCUCUGUUGAAAAAUAUUGGGUUCGACGCUUUUCGAUUUUCCAUCUCAUGGCCCCGAAUAUUACCUAAGGGGAAAAUAAGUGGGGGAGUAAACCCUGCGGGCGUUCAGUUUUACAAUAAUAUCAUCAACGAGACCCUAGCAAUUGGUUUACAACCGUAUGUGACCCUAUUUCAUUGGGAUCUCCCGCAAGCCUUGGAUCAUGAUUAUGGCGGAUUCCUGAGCCCAGAAAUCAUUGGUGAUUAUCGGGACUAUGUUGAUUUUUGCUUCGCUACAUUUGGCGACCGAGUGAAGCACUGGCUCACGUUGAAUGAGCCGUAUGAGUUUACUUAUUACGGCUAUGGAGUUGGUGGAUAUGCACCCGGUCGAUGCUCUAGCUAUAUCGGAAAUUGCACGUCCGGAAACUCUGCAACCGAACCAUACAUAGUUGGCCACCACCUACUCCUUUCCCAUGCAGCUGCUGUAAAACUGUACAGGGAGAAAUACAAGGCUUCUCAAAAGGGCCAAAUUGGGGUUUCAUUAUCAUGCAAGUGGUCUGUGCCAUUUUCAAAAAAUACGGCCGGCCAAAAGGCUGCCCAAAGGUUCAUUGAUUUCAUGUUAGGAUGGUUUUUACAUCCGCUGACGUACGGUGACUAUCCGCAAAUCAUGAAGGUUUUGGUUGGGGAUCGACUGCCAAAAUUCACAGAGUCAGAAUCUCAAAUGCUCAAAAUGUCUUACGAUUAUCUAGGGAUCAAUUACUACACAUCAUUGUACGCAGCUACUAGUGCCCUUUCCUUUAACAGCAGCUUAAACUUAAGUAUCACGACAGAUAGUCGUGUGUUGAGUUCUGAGGAGAAAAACGGGGUUCCCAUUGGUCAACCGACUGCUUUGAGCUGGCUUUAUGGGUGUCCAGAAGGAAUUCGGUCUCUCGUGUUAUACAUAAAAGACAACUACGGAAAUCCACCGAUUUUCAUCACUGAGAAUGGUAUGGCAACAGCAAAUGAUGGCAAUGUCGAACAAUCCUUGGAGGAUGAUCAGAGAAUAGCCUACCAUUAUGAACAUCUAACUUACCUCUUGAAAGCUAUCAAAGAAGGGGCGGACGUGAAAGGGUACUUUAUCUGGUCAUUCCUCGACGAUUUCGAGUGGAGGUUUGGUUAUACUGCUCGAUUUGGGAUCACAUAUGUGGACUACAAGAAUGGGUUGAGAAGAUACCCCAAAAACUCUGCUAAAUGGUUCAACAAGUUUCUACAAGAGAAGAAUGCAUCUACUACUAAUUGGCUUCUGGGUAUAACAGCAGAAAGAGAGGCAUCUGUUUUGCAGAUCAUAAACCCAAAGAGCACAGAUUCUUCCGUUGUAUGACUUGUACUUAUUUUUUGAACUCUGCCCUUGUAAUUUGGAUCCUAAUAAACACCAAUUAAGAA